AUGGAAAUAGAAAAGGAAACCCAUCGCAAUUCAUCUUCCAUUAUUCUGUCCCUUUGUUUUUUUCUUGUGAAAAUGAUAGCCAAAACCUUGUUAAUAAGGAGAAAAAAAACUAACCAUCGCACCUUUGCUAACCAAAACUCAUAUACCAACAAACGCAUGUCACAUGCGCCUUCGGUGGAUGCUCAGAAAAUCACCGCAGAUGCCACCGUCCCCGUCGCUGGUGGCGCGUCUCAUGGGGCUGGAGGAUUAGGGCUUGAGAUGCGUCGAUGCCCACCGCAGAGGCAACUGGCUUCUUCCUCGAGAUAA